GGUACCGCAGGGACGAGCCCUCCACGGCGGUGGCGGUGCCCAGCUGCCCCUGGCUCUUCUGGCGGUGUCGCGCUCGCAACUCGACCUGGAGUUCGAGUAGUUGACGGGACGCGCGUCGCCUGCUCACCCGGUGAAAGGGGGGCGCGUCGCUGCUUUUGGCGCGGGCUGUGCCCGUUCUGAGAAAAGCAGAGUUCGGAGUUCACGGUGGAAAGUACUGGGCAGUUUAUUCUAUAUGGCACGGUUGGUUGCACACUGAGAGCCCAUCAAUGGACUUGGAAGCUAAAGAUGAAGAGGAAGAGAGUCUGCAAACAGCUUUCAAAAAGCUGAGGGUGGAUGCAGCAGGAUGUAUUGCAGCUCUGUCUGUGGGCGACGGGACGAUUCUCAGAACACCGACAAGAGCAGCCAUGGAUGGAGCCAAGCAGCAGGCUGUCUGCUCAAAGGAAGCGUGGCACGGGUGUGUGAGAAAGCCUUCCAGAGGAUCGGCAAGAGUCCCACGUCGCAGGCGCUCCAAGUCUCCCGUCCUGCAUCCUCCCAAGUUUACGUAUUGCAACAUGAAAGCCAACAACCAGCUGAAACACAAAACGCAGGCAGACGCGUCGAAGGGUAAUACUAGUUCAGACAUUUUUGUUAGAGCAGAGCACGGUACGAGGGACAGGCACGACUCUCACUUUGAGGCCAGCGAUGACAGAACUGAACCUUUGGAAGCUUUCACCGCCGAGGAGCCUUUGGAGAAGUCAAGAGAGAAUUACCCUACUCUCUCCUCAUCCUUUGAAACUAGCUUGCAUUCUAGCCAAACCUCAGAUUUCCAGUCCUUAUCCAUGCUUAGCAACGGCAAGCAGUGCCCUUGUACGGACAAGAAGUGCCAGUGCAAACAGUGGCGAACCAUGGAAGUGUACUCUUUCUCUGGCUUACGGAGCGUCCUGUCAGAAUGCGAAAAGGCAGUCCUCGGAGUCCAUGCCCAGUCUCUUCAAAAUAGAUCCCCCUGUGGGACAGCCUCGUCAAGUUCUCCUAGAUCUUGCUCUGAGCAAGCUCGAGCCUUCGUGGAUGACGUGACUAUUGAAGACCUUUCGGGAUACAUGGAAUACUACUUAUAUAUUCCCAAGAAAAUGUCUCACAUGGCAGAAAUGAUGUACACUUGACUGAAAGCAACAGAGAAUCCGGAAUCGGAGUUUGUGAUAAUGGUUGGGUUAAAUGCCUUGUCAGCGCCGUGUUUUCACUGUUGCGUGUUUGAUCAAAUGUUUCUUUGCCUCAUACAGUUUAGUUUUCUAAUAAAACGAAAAAUGGAAUAUAGUUUCCGAGCUUAGUUCUAAAAAGAAUGCACUAAAGUCUCUGAAUACCUUAACAAAAGCACUGUAGAUCAAAUGACUCCCUUUGUUUUUCGGUUUGUGCUGUGGAUAUUCAAGCUCUGUAUGCUGUUUUCACUAUGUUUUGGGGAAAAAAAAAAAAAGAGCCUUUUAGGUUUUGUUCUGAAAUUUUGCAGUGUUUGGAAGGUUCAUCCUUAACGUGUCCCAGUACUUGGAGAAAUGUUUCAUAGCUACAGCUCUAUCCUCCUCAUCCUGCUCUAGAGAGAAGAAUGAGAAGGCGUUCGGUAUUUUGGAUGGGAUGAAUCUCCUUUCCGUGAACACUAUCUGGCUCCUUUUUGGUUGGAUCAAAUUGUGAAUACUUCCUCCUCACAAAUUUAUUGGGAGGUCCAGAAUGUGCGGGUGUGGGCUUGGACCCUUUCAAAAUUUAACUAGCUCACUCUUAAGCAGUUCUAUUUUUCUGCAGAUAAGUGAAGCUCUUAGAAGCAAAAAUAUAUUUUGUUAUUUGUGCUUUACAGAUGGAAUAAUUUAGGGGGAGUGAAGCAGGCUAACGGGUUUUUUUGGCCCGUGCUGUCUCAGAAGUGGAGAUGGUGGAGCCACAUAUACAGAUUGUUUCUGAGUAUGUUUGAUACGCAAAGCAGCGUGGAGAUAGGGUAAACAAGAAGUGUGUAUCAUACAGGCUGUGUGGUGUAGAGCUAUAACAUUCCUUCUGGUUGAAAAUACUGAAAUAAAAAAUUUUGUUGCUGAGACUUGCGUUAAUAAAUGUUUGUCAAAACCCAGCAAAUUAAAGACUGAAUAAUUUGACUUACGCUCAU